AUGGCCUCCAAAGCUGCCUCUCCUAUGGCAGCAUCGCCAAGCGCUGCUCAGGGCGAUGUCAAACCUAUAAUCACCAGACAGCCGUCGCUGUGUAUCAAACCCGCUCAGACCCUGCCCGCUAGUUCCCCACCUGCGACCGCCAGCUCGGUACCACUAUCUCUCACAACUAAAGAAUGGGUCGUGCCACCACGACCGAAGCCGGGUCGGAAGCCCGCGACGGAUACACCUCCUACCAAACGGAAAGCGCAGAAUAGAGCGGCCCAGCGAGCGUUCCGCGAGCGACGCGCUGCCCGGGUGGGCGAACUGGAAGAGACACUGAAGCAGAUCGAAGAGGAAAAUGAACAUGAGCAAGAAGUUCUAAGAACAACAGUGGGCAAGCUUGGGAAGGAACUUGAACAAUGCCGGGCGGAUCUGGCACUCUGGAUGGAUCGAUGCCGGAAACUGGAAAGCGAAUUGGCUGCUUUCAAAAAGCCGACUUCUACCACCUCGAAACUCACCACAUCAGCACAGGACAAGUCUGAUCACAUCGCCGCCAGCGACACAGCUAUUGGCUGUGGAAACUGCACACUGGAGACCCGCUGCCAAUGUAUAGAUGAUGCGUUUGCAGCAAUGUCCGGGGACGGAGCCUCCGUCCACCAACACGAAAAGCGGCCGCAUUCGCCCUCGCACACCUCGGUCACAGAUAAGCGAAUCAAGCUCGAACCGCGAGAGUGUCUAGAAAUUGACUUUACAGGAAUCUACACCUCCUCAAAAUCCACAGCAGCAGCUGCUGCCGGGAGAGAGGAAAACCAUUCCCCAACUUCUGCAGUUGCGGAUCCUUGUGGCUUCUGCUCGGAUGGCACACCCUGUAUCUGCGCGGAAGUCGCCGCCGAGCAGGAGCAGCAACAACAGGCUCAGAGCAACGCCACCACUGUAAGUAGUCUCAGUCGAGCAGCCGCGCGACAACUCGAUCAGUUUACGCCACCUCCCUCGGAGGGUGAUGUUUCUAUGCCCACUCUGCCGCGAGAAGGAACGUCUGGAUGUGGUGCUUCACGACCAGGAACAUGUGCACAGUGCCGCGCCGACCCCAACAGCACGCUCUUCUGCAAGUCGCUCGCUGCGUCAAGGGCUCAAUCCACGACCACUCCUUCGGGAUGCUGUGGCGGGCAAUUGCCGGGUAGUUCGUGUCGCCGAGCCACCGCGACCAGCGUGGUCCCUCUCCGCAGCUCAACCCGUACGACACGGUCGCGCGCCGCUGCCGUAACCCUCCCUUUGCCUCAGUCCGGGCACCACGCGCCGUCGGGCGUGACUCUGACAUGUGCCGACGCGUACACGACUCUUUCCCGCCAUCCCGCUUACGAGCGCGCAGCGGGAGAGAUAGGCGAGUGGAUGCCCAAAUUACAUGCCAGUGAACCGCGCACAAACGUGGAAGGCCGACCUGCACUGGAGAUUGACGCGGCGAAUGUCAUGGCUGUGUUGCGGGACUUUGAUCGGCGGUUUGGGAAGAGUUGUUGA